AUGGCACCCAGCGGAGCCACACCUCUUCCAACGGCCAGCCCCUGGUUGAUGUCAUGGUCUUCUUCGACGACACUAAGGGCAAUCUUGAUCUUUCUCGAUCCAGCCCCAAUGCCCAGCAAUUUAUGCAGCCAAACUGGUUCCUGUCUGCUGACCAGCAAGGGGGCAGCUCACUCCCAGGGUUCCGGCAAGUGGGAGUAUUCUUCUCCAAACGAUGACAUGUCUGAUGUUGCUCUGCAAUUCAACCAGAACUAG